AUGUCAACAACGUGUGACGUAUUUCAUCCCAAGACUAAUGUAGCGAAUCAAUUCAAACCAUAUGAGAAAAAUGAACUGAAAGUGAUCGAAUGGCAUCACAUGAACUUAGCAUUGUUCUAUCCAUCUGCUCUACUAAGUACCUGGUCUGUCCGAACUGCGUUGUAUCCGUUGAAUGUUUUACGUAGUCGUCUUCAACUUCAGAAACAGCAUACCGUCUAUCGAGGUACUUUCCAUGCUUUUACUGACAUUUGGAAGACUGAAGGGUUCCGAGGUCUUUAUCGGGGAUUCUGGGUUACCGUCCCACAGAUUGGAUGCUCUUUCAUCUACUCAACGGUGUAUGAAAAACUGCGAUCUAUUUUGCGAACUGAUUUGGGAGUUACUUCUGUAGCCGGUAUUUCCUGCAUUUCGGGUGGCGCCGCCAGUUUUUGUUCACAGGCUAUUUUCGUCCCGACUGAUAUUAUUGCCCAAUACAUGAUGAUUUAUAAUAACGCCGAUAAAUUUAUUUCGGGCAACGAUAAAGCUGUUAUCGAAAACUUGCGCUCAACGGAGAAAAAUCGGAAAUCUCUAGCAACUGAUGUACUACGAGCUAUUUACAAGGCAGACGGAAUUCAAGGAUUUUAUAGGGGAUUCCUCGCUUCGUCCACUGUCUAUGUCCCGUUCUGUCUGGUUUUUUGGCCAUCAUACUACUGGUUCCAGGACGUAUUUCACGUGCUUCAUCCACCGACUAUGCGAGGCCUUUUGUGCGAUCAAUUUUUCGCUGCCAUACUUGGUGGUGUAUGCUCUACAGUAGCUACAAAUCCAAUGGAACUUUUGCGUAUUCGAUGCCAAGUUCACCGAACAACGUACGUAGAGACGAUAUCACGAAUGUGGAGAAAUGAAGGCGCCUCCAUUUUCUGGAAAGGCUUGCCACCGAGACUGAUAAGUAAUUCAUUGUACUCUGGGGUAGUAAUGGCUGGAUAUGAGAUUGUCAAGAGAUUGUGUGUUUUGCCGGAGUACAAAGAUCAAGUAAAAUGGUGA